AUGACAGCGCCGCGUGACUCCACGGUCCUCGCAGUAUCAGGAACAAUGACUCGAUCGCCUCGCGUAAGGCGAACCCACCCAAUCCACCUCGUGCGCGGCGAUCCGUCGGGUUUUACGAGGCUGUCUGUCCUCCGGAGUACUUGGGGCCGCUUGGCGCGCCUCGCCUGCCAAACAGCACGCAAGCACCGCAAGAGUAGCGAAAUGGAUAUCGAUAGACUUGAAAUUGCAGCAGCAACAAAUUCCAACCGUCCUCAAUAA